AAAAAUAAGAUUGAUGAUGAAAGAGAUAGAAUAUAGGCAAACCUCAAAUUUCUCUAUUGCUAAAACAAAAUUGCAGUAAAACCACCAUAAUUUCUGUAGAACCCUUCUUCACCAGUCCCGAAGAAUCAGCAUUUUGAUACCCAAUCCAGCUACGAUUCUUCUCUUUACAACUUUUUUUUUUUUACCAAUGGCGUGCCACUCCCUUAUUUAUACCCACCCCCACCCACGUCUACCCCCUGACCCCCCUCUCACUCUACAGCCCUCCUCCUCCGCCGCCGCUUCAUACUAUCGGCAAAAUCUCCCCACACUGAAUUUUCAUUACAAAAAGUUGCAGGGUUGUAAUUUUCAUACUCGAAGGAAGAGUGUGGUUUGUUCAAUGGCGGCGGAGAACAAAGUGAUUUCUGGUGAUAGAAUGCUGGUGUUUGUUCCGCCACAUCCUCUGAUUAAGCACUGGGUUUCGGUUCUUCGAAAUGAGCAGACGCCUUGCCCCGUUUUCAAGAAUGCUAUGGCUGAGCUUGGUAGAUUGCUUAUGUAUGAAGCUUCAAGAGAUUGGUUGCCUACCAUAGCAGGAGAGAUCCAGUCACCAAUGGGUAUUGCAUCUGUGGAAUUCGUUGAUCCAAGGGAACCUAUUGCAAUUGUUCCCAUCUUGAGAGCUGGUCUGGCUCUUGCAGAGCAUGCAUCAUCAGUUUUGCCAGCAACAAAAACAUAUCAUUUGGGAGUAAGCAGAAACGAAGAAACACUUCAGCCCUUUGUAUACUUGAACAAGUUGCCUGAUAAAUUUCCUGAAGGUUCUCGUGUGAUUGUCGUGGAUCCAAUGCUGGCAACUGGCGGUACAAUAGUUGCAGCUAUUGACCUAAUAAAGGAACGUGGGGUUGACAAUAGUCAUAUUAAAGUGGUAUGUGCAGUGGCUGCUCCCCCUGCUCUCACAAAGCUCAGUGAGAAGUUUCCACGAUUACAUGUAUACGCUGGAAUACUUGACCCAACUGUUAAUGAGAAAGGGUUUAUUAUCCCCGGAUUGGGAGAUGCUGGAGACCGUAGCUUUGGCACAUGAAGUAAAUGUGAAUCAGCUGAUGGAAAUUUCUUGCCAUAUCUAUCAUUCUUUAUAGAAGUGAAACACGGCUUGUGAUGGCGCGAGUUGGGCAUUGAUCCCCCAUGUUGCUUAUCUUGUUUUCCACCAUUUCAUUGUUUCCCAAUUUUGGACCCUUGUACAUGCCUUCUAAAGUUCUUUCCCAAUGUCUGUUUCAAUUCCUAAAGUUCGUGUAAUGGGUAGAGAAUUUUGAAGAAGUGCGAAAUAGCUUGAAAUGAAAUGAAAAACGCCAAUUUUUUUUGGCCAUCUCAUCAUUUUUCAA